UUCGUGUUCUCUUAUUGUGUUCCGACUCUCUUAGUGUGCUACUCGUACAGUCAAAGCUAUGUUUGCAAACAAAGUUGUUCUCAUCACUGGCGGUAGCUCCGGUAUCGGAGCGGCUGCAGUCGAAGGCUUUGCUAAAGAAGGUGCCUUCGUUGCUUUCGUUGGAAGAAACGAAACUAAAUUAAAGGCAGUUGCAGAACGUUGCGGAGCAAACACCUUUCCCAUAAAAGCUGACAUCGCCAAAGAUGAAGAAGCGAAGACCAUAGUGGCGAAAACCAUUGAGAGGUUUGGUAAACUUGAUGUCCUAGUGAACAAUGCUGGAGUAAUGCAAAGGGUGAGCUUGAGCGACCCAAAUAUUUUAGAUGCCUUUGAUUUCAUUUUGAAUACGAACCUGCGAUCUGCCGUGUUGUUAACAAGUCUGGCGAUUCCGUAUCUGAAAGAAACGAAAGGAAACAUCGUCAACGUUUCAAGCAUAGGGUCAUUCCGCAUUCCAGCUGAUGUUGAAGGCUUGGUUAGUUACUCAAUUUCAAAAGCCGGAUUGGAUCAAUUCACCAGAGGUGCUGCUAAGGAGUUUGCUUCAUUUGGGGUAAGGGUAAAUUCUGUCAACCCUGGGCCUGUAAGAACUAGACCGGCAAUUAACAGUGAAGGUAAAUAUUUUCCUGACGAUGACCUCAUAAUUAAGAUGACAGCAUUGGGAAGAGCAUCUGAGCCAGAUGAGAUCAGUGGUCAUAUCCAAUACCUAGCAAGUGAUAAGGCUAGAAGCGUGACGGGUACGUGUUUCGUUAUGGAUAACGGCGUUCUGCUUAAGUAAUAUUAUUGUCGUGCAAUACAACAAUCCAGUAAAAGUUCUGUUUAUUAGAUUGCUGAUUGAAAAAUAAAACAUAUACAGCAUA